AGGGCUGAUGGAGGUCUGCUUCACUCACUGAUUUCACCAAAUCUGGAGAUAAGUAGGAAGAACUACGAGUACUGUUGGAAAGUUUAUAACCAUUGGAUUGUGACUGUGAAAGAAAUUUAGAAAUAUUCGUCGGAAUAGUUGAGAAAACGCUUAGUGAAAGUUGAUGACUUUGGAUGAAGUUACUGAUGCUUUAGUGAUAUCCAUUGGACUAUACUCUGUUCUGAAAAAGUGGAUGCGUAUUUGCCAGAUGUUGCCAUGGCGACCGACACAGACGAGGGUCGGACGGUGAAAGAUGAAAUCAAAAGAAAAAAUGGCGACAAAGAAGGUCCGAUCAAGACAAAAACCGCGGACCCUGCCCGCAGCCCGGGGGCAGAGGAGCCAAGUACCACCCAGGCUGAUCGGCCGGAGACACAAGAUCGGGGCGUGGGGCCUACACCACUACCUCCACCUAUUGACAGCAUAAGACAUCCUCUACACUACCCAAGCUUAUCGCCGUAUUAUGAUCCGAGGAAUGGGCUAGUGGAUCCACAUUUUGGCUUGCCACUGUCUUAUCUGCCAUAUUCUGUCAACACACCACUGCCCAUCAAUGCCCACACUCAUGAGGGCCGGUACCACUGGCCACCAUCACACAUGUCUCUUCAUCAGCCCUACCCUGGGCUGUCGUUAAGUCCGGCCCACUCAGACGUUUCCCUCCUUGGCCUCCAGGGCCGCACAGCAAGUGACGCGCUCGCCUCCCGCCUCCAGUGGGAGCAGUAUCGGAGGACGGUGCUGCAGUCACCUCUGGCGACAAGAGGAUACAGCCCUGCCAGCUUUGCAGGCAUUCCAUCACACCUCGUCCCCAGUAACCUAGCGGCAGCGGGAGAGUUUGCGUCGACGCAGAGUCUGAGUCAGCGGAGCAUGUAUGAUGUGCCACCGACGCCAGGAAGUGGAAGCAUCACAUUGCCUGGAUCAGUAGAGAGUUCUCGUCUGACCAGCCCCCAUCCGUCGUUGUUCGGCCGCAGCAGAAAGAGGGCAUUGUCUCACUCACCAAUAUCGGACUACCUUGAUAUUCAGAGUCUCACACGAAGCUCUGAAGGAUCGCUGCAACUCACUCCUUUCGUCCAAUCAAGAAGCUCAAGUGCUGCAAGUGGCUCCUACGGUCAUUUGUCUGCAGCCUCCCUCGGUACCGCCAGCCCGGCCCAUCAGCCGCUCCCACCAAACCCGCUACUACGCCACGGCAGCAUUCCAGGGUCACCAUGGUUCCAUCCCAUGAUGCAUCCUGCUAUGUUACCUAGGCAACAGCCAAUGCACGGGCAGCAACACACGAGAGAGACAUUAUUACAGACGCCGAAUAUCAAAUAUGAAAAAAGUGAUUUACAGCUGCCAUCGACGACAGCGAAGGAUGCGUGCAGUAGUGUUGUGAGCAGCACUGUCGAGCAGACGAUUGACUCCAAACGCACAAAGAUCAAGAAAGAACCCGACACGAUGGACAUGUUUCAGGAUUCGCCUGGUACAGCGAGCUUGCCGUCGCCUGAUUCUAAGUAUGAUUUUGGCCGGAUCCCAGUGGAGGGUGAGCCAGACUUUAUCGAGACGAACUGCCAUUGGAAGGAGUGCAAUAAAGAGUAUGAGACACAGGAUGAGUUGGUCAGGCAUAUAAACCUGGACCAUAUAGCAGCGAAUAAGAAGAGUUUUGUUUGUCGAUGGGACUUGUGCAGCCGGGAAGAGAAGCCGUUUAAAGCGCAGUAUAUGUUAGUGGUGCAUAUGAGACGGCAUACAGGAGAGAAACCACAUAAAUGCACUUUUGAGGGAUGCAAUAAAGCGUACUCGCGCCUUGAGAACUUGAAGACGCAUCUUCGGUCACAUACUGGCGAGAAGCCAUAUAUGUGCGAGUUCCCAGGAUGCACCAAGGCAUUCAGCAACGCGUCGGACCGGGCCAAGCAUCAGAACAGGACACAUUCUAAUGCGAAACCUUAUAUCUGCAAAGCACCUGGUUGCACUAAGCGUUACACGGACCCCAGCUCACUGCGGAAACACGUGAAGACUGUCCACGGGCCGGAGUUUUACGCAAACAAGAAACAUAAGGGAGGAGAACCCCACAACAACAACAACAAUAGUAAAGAUCCCUCACAGGAUCAGGAUGAAAAGAAGGUCAAGGAAGAGGAGAAUAGUAAAAAGAUGGAGGAGUGUUUGGUCGUCACGGCGAUGCAGAUUGGUGCCAGUGACCGCAGGAGCUCACAGGAUAAUUCUGGUUCUGUGCGGUCGACACAGCCGCAGCAGAUGCACCACAACGACAGCGGCGUGGAGAUUAACAUGAAUGGCGACAGUCCCUUGUCAGACGAUCACAUAAACAGUGGUGGCCUCGUCAGUGCACAUGAGCUUGAGGACGAUAUCGAGAUACCAGAACCUUUGGAUGAUGAGAUUCUGGAAGGUAACCUAGCCGUGCGAAGAGCCAAUCGUAUCAACACGAACCGGACCAAGGCCAACAUGAAGAGUAAAUAUUCAAACAAUAUGAAUAUCGGCCAGAAUCUUCCGCAGCUACCGUCCAUUAAAAGUGAAAACAAGUCAAAAUGUAACAAACAGCAAUCGUUCACGGAGCUGAACCAGAAGAUUACGCAGAUUCGCCAGGGGGCGCUCAACCAGAAGCGGAUAUCAGAACUUUCAGGGUUGAAUUCUCAAGACUUGCCGGCAACCGGGGAAGGUUACCAAGGAGGACGACGGGAGAGCAACACGAGUACGAUUAGCUCAUACCUGAGUAGCGUGCGAUCUGAAGCAAGUCCCUAUCCGCCAUUCACAAGUCAAUUCUCCAGCCGCAGAUCGAGCGAUGUGUCGCAAAUCUCAGCACGGCUGAGUAUAACGAAUUCGCCGUACGAGUAUGACAUUACGGGAAAUUUGCCUGGGUACGGAAUGUCGAAUGAACAAGUGAACAGAAUGGCAUCUCAGAUGCAGAAGACAAAUCUUGGCAGCAAUACGAAUUUAUUCGUCCAAUCACAAUCGUCGAAUAUUAAUCACAUAAACGGACAACCAAACGAGUGUAUGUCUCGAUUCAUGAACAUGAACCCGCGGAGGGAGAAUGAGGGAUGGCGGUCGUGUACGCCAUCACGAACUCCCCUCCCACACGAGGUCCCAAACAACGAGUACAGGCGUGCUAGCGAUCCUGUGCGCUCAAUUGAUCCAAAUUUCUCAGCUUUACGACAACUACAGAAACGCUUUAAUAGUUUGAACACAGUGCGCCCUCUACCCGUGCCGUCAUCUAUGAAGAGUCUUCAUAGCCGCUUGAGCAGUAAUGCUAAUCUUCGCUCCUCGCAGAGCAGCAUCGCGACAAACUAUACACAGGACGAGGGCGGUGAUUUUGGAUCGCAAUAUUUCAGUGAUAAUGUUCCCAUGGAAACGUGCAACGAAGAGGAAGUUGAAGAGAAGCUUUUGGAGGAUUCGGACGAGUUGCUAAUCCCGGACGAUAUGCGCAACUUCCUUAACGAGAGAAACACAAUUAUCGAUACAAACAUGCCAUCGCCGAUGAUUAAUAAUGUUGAUAGCACAUGUAGUCCUGGUAACCAUGGCAACUGUGGACAGAUGCAGCAAGGUCAAGGUCAGGCUACAAACUUUGGCAUGAAUCCAAGUACUCAGCAGUUGAGUCCAAACGACCAAAUAGGCACGAAUAAUCCUCAGCUCAGUCCCAAUGGUCAGUUUUCGCAAAAUAGCAACCCGCAAAUGAACAUACCGAACUGUAGUGCAAGCGUUGCCAACCAGGUGACACCACCAGCAGGAACCAUGUCUGGCGGGACAGUAAUGGAUGUGUCAAGACAAUCCAAUAUGGCCGCUGAUGGUAACUAUGGUUACCAGCAAAACUUCGGGUAUCCUCAGGGCAAUAACCAUCCCAAUUUCGGGCAGGCGCCUCACAUGCAACAGUGUGGCAAUAUGCCCGUGAAUGGGCAGUGUGCGCCAAACAUCUGCUUCGGGCAGCAACCAUGUGCCAUAAACUGUGGGCAGCAGGAGAAUAUUGGGAUGACCAUGCAGCAAUCAUGUGGAAUGCAGAAUGGGCAGCAACAGUGUAUGGCCAACAUGGCAGCUAAUACUAAUGGUCAGCGUGACAGGCCACCGAAUCAGUGUAUGCCGCCACCGCCACCGCCAGGCCCCAUGCAGCCAUGCUAUCCACCGUAUCAACAACAACAAAUGAACUGCCAACCACUGCCGCCAAAUCAGGAAUUCGAAAAUCAUAAGCACAACUGUGACAGUCCACAGGUGCAGGUUCCGCACAUUAGCCAAUCACAGAUUCCACCGAAUGCAAAGACAGUUUCGCGAAAUCAGAUACGCCAGCAGCUAGCCAAUCAAAACGCAUCAAAAAUGAAACCGCAAAAUGAAAUGACCAAUCAGUUUGUUGUGCCACAGCCGCCACCAUUUAAUCGACCAAUGCCUAUGCCGCCGUAUGCUCAGCAGAAUAUGGGCGGACAACAACCGCAGAAUGUUCAAAUCAACAUGCCAAAUAUGGUGAACCAGGACCAGAAUGGCUUAACCAAUCAGAAUGGUAGCUGUCCGCCAUAUUUCAACGGAAUGCAAAUGUCGCCGGGCUGUAACCAAGUCACCAGCACAACUGAUAAAAAUUCAAAGAAUUUCAAUCAGAAUAUACCAUCUUCUGGAGCCAAUCAGAAUGGAGUGUACGUCCCUCAAGGAUCACAGUCGUUUCCACAGCAGCAGUAUGGACAGUAUGUGAACCCCGAGUACAGCUGUUCAGUGGCCGGCCAAAGUCAAGGUCAGUUCGUGCAGACGCCGUCAGAUAUGCGUAUGGAGAGUGCGAGUGCUCUAUCAAACAUGAGUGCAGGGUCCAUGGAUCGUCUGCUGGAGAACCUGGCCCCCUUGACACCUGAUGGCCUCCAACUGAUGAGUCCUUCUUCCAUGAGCCAGAAAUCGUACCGGGGCACGCCGUGCGAUAUGAAACCUGGUUCCCAGGCGUCAAUGCUUUCAACAUCAAAUAUGGUUGUGAACGACAUGAACUCCGUUUUGACACAGUUGGCAGAGGAGAGCAAAUUCAUAAUGCCAAAUCCAAAGAUGAAACAGGAAUAUUAAACUCGAUGCCUGAUAGAUAUUGUUCUGAACAUUUCAAGCAAUUAUGAUAACACUGAAAGCUUUCAAUUCUGAAACAAGGUGUAUAUUAGGUGUGUCAUUUUUGGAGCACAAUAAUACAGCAGUCAUCGAUAUCAUUUUUGCAUCUUGGCUUGGUAGGCCCACUUGGCCUUCCCAAGUACAGUGUGGCAUCUUCAACUGAAGCAUUUAUGUGUGGUUGAGUUUCAUCCCAAACUAUGCCACGAAUCUCAUUUCAGAAAUGAAGUCUUCCCUCAAAACAAAGAAUGGAGACUGAGCAUAAUUCAUAAUGGUGACAUAAGACAUGUCAUGGUGCUGUACAAAAUGUGUUUUUAGAUACUUUUAUUUUAAUGCAUCGUCAUAUUUACAUUUCUGUGCUAAGAAUCAAGGUUUUGAAUGACAAAAGUGCUGUACUGAGAGAACUCGCAGGUGUCUGAAUUUGUUUGAAUAUGGCAGACGACAGAUAAAUCUCAAAUAUUACCAUUAGAUUUAGAAUGUGCAGGAAGACAGUUCAUAUAAUUUGUUUGUUUACUGUAGAGUUUAUUGAUAAUUUCAUAUCAUAUGUGCUGGGUUUAAGACGCAAUGUCGUCGGGGGUCUCGGAGACUAAAGAUAGGGUUGUUGGUGAAAUGUUGAAGCUUAAUUUGAGGGCAAUAGUGUUCACUGAGGGGGUUGUUUUCUAUCAUGUGUCUUUCAGCUAGUAUCUGUCCAUGAUAUCUACUUACAUGAAGCAUAGAUAUAAUUCGACCGUCCUCUAAGCUUUGGCUUUCGAGGAUUGAAUCGAUUGAAUCCUGUGUUGUGGAUUUGACUUUAAGAAACCAAGUACUUUUUUAUUGUGCUUUCUCCAGAAAAUAUGUCGUCCUAGAUAUUAUCUUAUUGCAUAUCCUAUCUUUGAAAAUAUGUCAUAGAGGUCUGAUUCUAUAAGUGAUGUUUCCUGCUGCUUGUUGCUUCCGACGGACCCUUUGGACUGCCACUGUAGUGGGAAAAUGUGCCAGUGGAACAGGCCUUUCUAGGGCCUACAGUGAUACAAAAAGAGUUUGUUGUGCAUGCACUCUGAAUCUCAGUGGAAGCUCAUUGAAUUUGUGUGCCGUUUUUUUACAUGUUUGGUAUAGAUUUUUCUGCUAUAGCAGUUCAUAUUUGUAAGAAAUUUACAAGUUGCAUAAUACUUGACGAUUUUCAGUUACUGACUGAAAUAUAUCAUUUGCGUGGAUUGAGCAUAAUAAUGAUGCCCCAGCUAUUAAAAAGCCUCUGAUUUUGAAUCAGCUAUUUUGAUAUGGGGGUAUAGAAGGGAAUUCUUGCCUUUUAGGUUAAUUUUAAAUAUAGAGUAGAUAAGGACUUUGUUGGUUACUUAGAUUAGGUUUUUAACAUUUUGAGAUGCUCAUUUUAAUUGAGAGGGUUAUCAACCUGUCACAACUUUGCAUUUGUAAUGAACUCUUCCAUUUAAUUUCAUUGCCUUUUGUUGGUAAGUUCAUUAUGUAUUCUUAAGGGGUGUAAUAGAUUUUUGGAAAAUUGGUUUGAAUCUUGAUCCACAUUGUGAGACAUCCUGAUACUAAGUACAUCAUGACGUUGGUUUACUUUUCCAAGUAAAUGAAUGAUUAUGGUUCUUUUCACCAAGUACACAUGUAUAGCUGUAGUCCUACACGUAUGACUUGACUCAAAUGGUAAUACUCUAAAACUCAUUUGAGUCGCAGAUAUAUGACAUUUCAGCUUGCAUCAAUGUGUUACCUGGCCAUGGACUAGCCUUGUCUGGGAACCAGUUUUGUCUGUAUUAUAGUAGAGCAUGAAAGAAAGUCCAUGUGGUCCAAGUUUUAAUUGUUGAUUUUGUCCAUAAUGAGUGCUUAAGGAUAUUUUAUGUUGUACAUACAUAUCAUGUUAAAUGAGAUUAGGUUUGCAUGCAUUUUCCUUGUUUGAGGUUCUUUUUAUAACAUUUCAUUUCAUUUUACCUGAAAAGAUUAAGACUUAGACAUCACCUUUCCAAAUACACCUGCUGCAAGACUUGACUUGACGUUGGGGGGAGGGGCAGUAGAACACACAAAAAGGCUCAGUAGGCCUAUGCUUGGUGAGUCAAAGAUGCCAAAUGUAUGGCAUUUCUGGGGGUCGGGGUCAGGGGGUAACUUGCUUACAGUUAACUUUCAAAAAUGUAAGUGGGCUCCAACCAUAUAUUGUUGGAAGAGAGUUAUCUUUGUUAAAUUUUUGUUUGGCUAAUACCAGAUGAAGCAUUCAAAAUUUUGAGCUAAAAGUGUAUGCAUGGAUUACUUUUGAAAUGAAAUUGUGCUUUUGUGCGAAAUUAAUAGAUUUUGAUGAGGAGGAGUUGUUUACAUUGAUUGUACAUUGUAUAUAUAAAACUGCCAAAUUUAGCAUACAUUUUCGUCUUAGUUUCUAGAAACGAGAGAAUGUUAGGCCUACUGGAAAGUCUGUAUUCUUGGUUAAAAUACCUGGGUUGACACUGCUUUGAUAAUUAAUGUACUGGUACUUAACAUUUUACUGCUGAAUGACAAAUGACUAAGGGGUAAUUAAUUGAGAAUAAUGAUAAGUAGGGUUAUGUCACAUGCUGUUAGAACAAUGAUUUUCAUUGUUUGUUGAAGUGGGUUUUUUCCAAACAUACAUUUUGAGACUGUCAAUCAAAUUCACUGAGAGAGUGUUCUAAUUCAAGUCAGUGAACUAGUAUCAGAGUUGAACAAAUUGAUUGAAACAAAAUCUACAAAGGUAACAAGCAGUUCCCAUGCCAUUAUGGGUGGGUGCCAAUUCGCCUCUUUUCUGAUUAGCGCCCCAAGCGGUGAAGCAUGUUGUGGAAGGAUAAGAUGGCUGACUUAUGGGGUCAGCCUUUGAUGUUUCCAACAUCAUGUCAGUCGUUAUGGCUUCGUAAUCAAGAGAGGUUGACCCUAUAACUCGGCAGAGUUUGGUCAUUCCACUGCAAGAGGUACUCAUCGGGAAACAGGCAAGUUGUGAUGAUGGGCCAAGUGACACUCUCUGCAGCCAGAUAUUAUUCACAGCUACUGAUGGUUUGUUCCUUGGAUUGGCCAUUUUGCUUGCCAUGGCUUUACCAUGCAUUCAUGAAUGGAGCUGUGGAAGUAAAGUGAAGUGCCUAAGGUCACAAGGGGCUCCACCAUUAUAAUGUGUUCAUGCUUCUUCACAGUUUUGACCAUUCAAACCAUUCAAACAGUUUGAAGAGUUACAUUUAAGGCCACCAGGUGGCACUGUAUUUUAUCCAUUAUAUACAUUUAUAAUAACACCCUCUGUAGAUUCCCAUAGAGAUAUUAGACUAUGUUAUGUUGAUAUAGAUUCAAAUAAAAAAUCCUUUUUGA